AUGGGUCUAGAGGAUGCUGGAGAUUUGGUUCUUCACAUCAUAUUAUCCAAAAUCGGUCCUCAAGACACAGCGAGAGUAGCUUGUGUCAGCAAACGCCUUAAGGUUUCCGCUUCAGAUGAAUCUCUCUGGUCGAUCUUUUGCUCCCUUGAUCUCAACAUCUCUACUCCUCUCGAUCCCCAUGGCGAUUCUGCUCCUUCCUUCAAGAGAGCAUAUGAAUUGUGGAGAGAGUCAUUUAGAAUGUACCCAUGGAAUCUUGUUAAACGUGUUACAUGUUGUUGGGACAAUCUCAAACUAUGGUUGAGUUUGAACUUCCCUGAAGCAAAGGCAACAUUGAGAAAAGGUGUUACAGAAGAUGAACUUGAAGAAGUGGAGACUGUUCUCAAAGUGAAGCUUCCUCUUCCAACAAGGCUUCUUUACCGUUUCGUCGAUGGUCAAGAGUCUUCUUCUUCUUCCAAUAGGCUUCAUGGGACUCUAGGGAUUAUAGGUGGUUAUUCUGCUUAUUCUCAUGAAGUUAAUGUCUACUUGCUACCUCUUAAGGAAGUGAUAAAGAAGACUAAGGAAGCGAUGCGCCACAUCGGUUUCUCGAGCAGGUCGAACCUUAUUGUUGUGGCUGUAUCUGCUGCUUCUAGUAUAAAAAUCUUUUUCCUAGACUGCACAAAUGGACAGCUUUAUACGGCGACAAGUACUCGCCAAAUGCUUCCUUGUGUACCGGAUUCUUUGGUUAGAUCAGUUCAUGAUGUCAGUGGUGAGCAGCAACAGGAUGCCUUGCUGCUUUGGUUGGAAGAACAUGCCCGGCGGUUACAAACCGGCACAAUCAAAGUCCGUGAACAGGAAAACAUCAAAAGUAUCAGUUUGUUCCCUGAGAUUCCUCCCUUGUGUUCUGUUGCCGUAACCAAUGGUGUGCAGGUACGUGCUUCGUCUGUGUUUAUCCCGGAAAUAGCUAAUCUUCGGAAUCAGCCACCGGCAUAUUGGUAUGCAUAUUCAAUCCGCAUGUCUCUCAUGCCCGAAGGAUGCAUCUUGAAUGGGAUACACCAUAGCUCUUGCCAACUGUAUUGGAGACAUUGGGUUAUCCGAGCUGAUGAUGCGGUAAUAGAUAAUGUUAAUGGAGAAGCUGUGAUAGGAAAGUAUCCGCUCUUACAAGCCGGGGAAGAAGAAUUUGUGUAUGAGAGUUGUUCUAAUUUUCCAACAACUAUUGGGUCCAUUGAGGGCUCUUUCACCUUUGUGCCUGGAAGUUUGAAGGAUCCAAAAGGGAGUCAAUUCGAAGUCAAUGUGGCAGAGUUUCCUCUGAAGUUACCGGACUACAUCUUCUAA